AAGGGCGUGUGAGUUUUAACCGAGCAGCCGAGUGGAGAAGUCCCGCAGUCGCGCGGAGGCAGUGUAAGCGAGAGUCGCACGCGCUCGCACCCAGACCACGGAGGGGGAGACGUGAAAUACGCGACGCGAGAUAUAAAUAUAUAAAUAUAAAUAUUUAGAGAGAAAGAUUUGGAUAUAGAAAUAUAUUCCUUCGACAUUUGAAAUCUGAUUGUGGUUCAAAUCGGAUCUCGUCGCCCGUUGCGCAUUUUUUUGGAUUACAUGGCCGCGGCGCUGUCGGACGCGGAGCGCGCGGAUCUCGGGCGCUGAGCGGAGGGAAGCGCGCUGUCGGGUGGACGGAUCCUCCGCCUGCACACACGGUUGUCCUCCAGAGACUCCCACAAGGACCCCCUUCUCUGGCAUGAACUAUGUUGAAUGUGAAAAGCUUGUUCUGAUAAUCAGAUUAUGAAGAUUUCGCACUCCUGCGUCAAUGACAGGUAGGAUGGAAACACCCUUUUACCACGAUGAUACCGGCGUGCCAAACUUCGGCCAGCUUCCAGACUACGACCGCUAUCAAAGCCACAAGAUGAUGAGUAAGAAGAACAUGGCCGUGCACAAUUUCCCCGGAGCGAUGGGAGGCACGCCAGGCCUGAAGCUGUUGCACAGCCAGGCGGGGAGCAGCGUCAACCCGAGCCUGGGCAUGAGCAGCAACCCGAACAGCACGCUGAUGGUCUCGUCCGACAUGAACCUCUUGAAACUGUCUAAUCCCGAGCUGGAGCACUUGAUCAUCCAGUCUAACCAGGGGCUGGUCACGACAAGCCCGGCACCUAGCUCUUCCUUAAAUACUUUCCAAUACAGGAACCAGGCCACCAACGAGCAGGAAGGCUUCGCGGAUGGUUUCGUCAAAGCCUUGGCAGAUCUGCACAAACAGAACCAGUUGGUCGGGGCGCCCAUAUCUCCCUCUUCCUCCAUUCAGGGUCCGUAUCAGAGGAACCUCAUGGCGAACGCGGACAUGCCGACCUACACCAACUUGAGCAAUUAUAGCCACAACCAGCUCUCUACGUCGUACUCUGGAGGUCAGAUCCCCUACGCAUCAGCUCACGCUGCAGCUCACUCCAGCCAGGUCCAAGCUCAUCACCCUCAUGGACGAAGUCUCGAUGCCCCCCAGACCGUUCCGGAGGUUCCUCACCCACCUGGAGGAGAUCCGACCGGCUCUCCGCCUUCCCUCUCACCGAUCGAUCUGGAGACGCAGGAGAGAAUCAAGGCGGAGAGGAAGAAGCUGCGGAAUCGCAUCGCGGCUUCCAAGUGCCGCAAGAGGAAACUGGAGCGCAUCUCGCGCCUGGAGGAGAAGGUGAAGGUGCUGAAGACGCAGAACUCGGACCUGGCGUCCACCGCCAGCAUCUUGCGCGAGCAGGUCGCGCAGCUCAAACAGAAAGUCAUGAACCACGUGACCAACGGCUGUCAGAUCGCGGUCGGGUCGGCCGGCAUGGCCAAGAGCGGCGAGAGUGCCAGCUGCUGAAGGGGCUUUUAUAUGUUUUUUUUUCUUUCCGCCGCUCUGUGCUCUCGAAUUCCCUCCUGCGGCUUCACACCGCUGUGAAAGACGAACAGCGAAUACCGGAGGAGGGCAGAAAGAGAACAGAAACCUCGUCCUGACUGACAGGCAGAGAGAGGGUGCUGCCAAAAGCAAACAAACUUGUCCCUGAUCUCUGGCCAACGAGAGAACGUUCUAUCCUCAAACAAAUAGAGACUGCGAUCCGAAAAGGGAAAUUCGCCUCGGCGUACCUACGAGCGUUUUUUCGUUCUCCUGCACUUUCUACUCGGACUCGAACAGAGCGGCUCACAGCAAUACUAACCCGAACCCGAGAGACGGAAACGACUAAAAACGUCCGCAGGAACACGAACGCUGACUCGCUGCCUCACUGACUCACUGACUCGCACACACGGGAUUCUUUCAACAACAAGAAAAAUAAAUCCCCCCCGAGGAUGAGUAAUGAUAAAGCGAUUUUACACUUCACUAGGACGGGAGUUACGUUUUGUGUUGUUUUUUUUUGCAGGGUAAUUUCUGGAGAAAAAAAAAUAUUGUAUUUUAUUUUUCUUUUUUUUUUACAAUACGCCACCCCCCUGCCCCCUCUGUACUUUGCAAAACUUUUUCUACAUUAAAAUACAUCUCCAGUGAGCGAGGGGAAGAUUUCUGCUCCACGAUAUUUUCAAAAAUGGAGGAAAAACAUAAACAAAGGCCGUUCAUACGUCGACACGAAAUCCGUCCGCGACGUUGUAUUUUGAGCGGAGACUUCACGAGACUCGGUCGCUGUCCGUCCUGAUGAUGUACAUCGACGCCUGUUUGUACAAUCGUCCGUUUGUUCGAUAUCGUGCAAUUUGUGAAUACAGGAUACAAGUUUUAUUUUUUUUGUGGGUUUUUUUUUUUUUUUUGAGCAACUUAAACUUUGUGCAAAAUUAACUUUGUGCAUAUCAACAUAUGAACAAGAUCACGUUUGGUCCCGUGCAGCAACGGACGAUUCAAAAACAAACAACAACAACAUUCCUGAACAUUCCGAUACCCUUUGCAUCGUAUUCAGUGGUGUGUGUGUGUGUGUGUGUGUGUGUGUCUCUCUUUGUUAACGCCGUGUGGCUGCUCGGUUUUUUUUUUAUUUUAUUUAAUCCGCCGAGGCUUUGAGGAAGAAAAAAAAAGGGACGAGGUGUUUUUUUUCCAUUCGAGGGCUUUGAGCCAGAAAAGGGCUUUCGAUCAAAAGUAUUUUCAAUUAUUUUUUUUUGUAACAUUUAUAAAAACAAUUUAUUUAUGCAAAAACUUUAUCUAUUAUGAUAUUUAUGUUGUUUGUGUAAAAGGACUGUACAGGUUGGAAUACCAGUGUCGUCUUGGCACUUAUUUUUUUUCGUUGUUGUUGUUUUGGGAACUACAUCGUUGCACAUAAAAAUCGGAACAGUAAAAUGAUAUCUAAUAUUUAUCCUCUGUGUACAUUGAAUAUUUUGACUCUGUUUCUUUGUGGGGAAAACAAAAAAAAGAACAUAAUAAAAUGUUAAGAUUG